CAGAGCGCCUGCCAGUAAAAAGAAACCCCAAUCAAACGAACACCAACGUACCACGUUUGGCAAAUAUACAGACACGAUGGCACAGGCACGAAGUAAACACAGAAGACAAACAAUGCGAAGUGCAUUGCAAUACGCUAGUGUACGUUGUAUUACCUGCGUACUGCCGAUGCUAUUGUUGCUCGCGAUCAGCGGAAGGGUCGAUGGCAGCUAUCACUCCGGUGUUAGCCCGAUGCCGCACGUGCCAGCAGUACCGAAAGAUCCUAAUUCACGUUGCGAAGAAAUUACCAUCCCAAUGUGUCGCGGUAUCGGAUACAAUCUAACAUCGUUUCCGAACGAGAUGAAUCACGAAACGCAGGAGGAAGCCGGACUGGAGGUGCACCAAUUUUGGCCACUGGUAGAAAUCAAAUGCUCGCCAGAUUUGAAAUUCUUCCUUUGCUCAAUGUACACACCGAUCUGUAUCGAGGACUACCACAAACCGUUACCGGUGUGUCGGAGCGUGUGCGAACGGGCGAGAGCCGGUUGUGCACCGAUUAUGGAGUCAUACAGCUUCAACUGGCCAGAGCGAAUGGCUUGUGAAAAUUUGCCUGUUUCGGGCGAUAGUGAUAAUUUGUGCAUGGAAAUGCCGAGUGAGGAAGAGCAUGGCGAUCGCGGUACAGGCGGUGCCUCCGCCGGCGGCAGUGGCGGUUCGGGACAUGCUGGCAAACCGACGCGCAAAUCGCACGGUGGCAGCAGCAGUGGUGGUCAAGGCAGCGGUGGUGCCAACCAGCAAAACAACAAAUGCAAGGGCAAGAAUUCAAAAAACUGCCAAAAUCCCCCAGGGGAAAGAACAAAAGAGUGCAUGUGCCGGUGCCGGGAGCCACUGGUCACCCUGGGGAGGGAAAGCACCACAACACUACUGCACCAUCACGGCAGCCUAAGCAGCAACCAAAGUGUAGAAAGGGUCGGCGACGUGCAAAACUGCGCGAUCCCGUGCCGGGGAGCGUUCUUCACCCAGGAGGAAAAGGACUUCGCUGGCAUCUGGAUAGCGCUGUGGUCCGGCCUAUGCGGCAUAAGCACCCUAAUGACACUGACCACCUUCCUCAUCGACACCGAAAGGUUCAAGUACCCUGAGAGACCGAUCGUUUUCCUGUCCGCGUGCUACUUCAUCGUUUCCUGUGGCUAUCUGACGCGCAUCUUUCUCGGCCACGACGAAAUCGCAUGCGAUGGGAAAUCGAUCAAAUACCCAUCGACAGGGCAGAGCUCCUGCACUAUGAUUUUCAUUAUGAUUUACUUCUUCGGCAUGGCUUCGUCGAUCUGGUGGGUCAUCCUUUCGUUCACCUGGUUCUUGGCGGCUGGACUGAAAUGGGGCAACGAAGCGAUAUCGAAACAUUCGCAGUAUUUCCAUCUUGCCGCGUGGCUCAUUCCGACCGUACAGACUGUGUCGGUUUUAUUGCGACCUGCCGUUGACGGUGAUCCUGUCGCCGGUAUUUGCUACGUCGGUAACACCUCCGUCGAGAAUCUGAAGAACUUCGUGCUGGCUCCGUUGUUCAUGUAUCUGGUCGUUGGAACUACCUUCCUGAUGGCCGGAUUUGUAUCGCUGUUCCGCAUUCGAUCCGUGAUCAAGCAGCAGGGUGGUAUCGGUGCCGGGUCCAAGGCAGACAAGCUGGAGAAGUUGAUGAUUCGGAUAGGCAUCUUCAGUGUGCUGUACACCGUUCCUGCGACUAUCGUCAUCGGUUGCCAUCUGUAUGAGGCGUCCUACUUCGAGGACUGGAUGACCGGACUAACGUGUCCGUGCAAGGUGGCACCCGGUCUCCGACAGAAACCACUGUACUCGGUGCUCAUGCUGAAGUACUUUAUGGCGCUAGCCGUCGGCAUUACAUCGGGCGUUUGGAUCUGGUCCGGUAAAACGGUUGAUUCAUGGCGGCGGCUCUGGAGAAGGCUGUUCGGUUCGCCCGAUCCUACCGGUGCGGGACAGGUACUGAUUAAGCCGCGACCUCCGCUACCCCAGCCGUACGCGACGUCCGGUAUCGGUGUGCCAGGAUCAGCGGCAGCUUCGCUUCUGGCUACACCGUACACACAGACCGUUGGCAGUGUGGCUUCCACCAGCCACCAUCAUCUGCACCAUCACGUUCUCAAGCAAGCACCGCUGAGCCACGUAUGACCUGGAGAUAUAGGCGGCGCAUCUACCUUAACAGCCGGAUCCGGAUCGGUCGUUGAUCCGCGCGCCGUCUCAGUCGUUGUAACGCUUCCCGGCCCGCAACCAGGGCAAGCACUCAGCGAUUAUGGUCCGAUAUAGUUGACCGUACGACCAGAUACGGCAGCUCGAAGAAUACCACCCAGCAAUCUAAGUGAACUGUGAAUACCGCAUCGGUCCGCAACACUUCCAACUCGACGAUUUGCUUCUGGAGGACGAAUGCUUUCUCUCGAGCCAUAUACAGCCAUUGCACAUAGACACACACACAAACAAUUGUUUGCGCGAGUUUUGUAAGAGCAGAGCAGUGUGUUUUCGUCCAUUGUCCAGCAGGUGGUAGCAAUACGUUAGGAAUGGAGCCGACCGAAUGCGAAUGCGGAGCGUGAAAGCAAUUCUUAAUAGUAUUAAAACCAACUCAACUCAAAUCGAUACUACUUCUACUAUGCGCUAACUAUGUGGACACACUUGUCAUUGGUGUACGCGUGGUGGCGCGAACCAGACUAAAAUGCUGCUACCACUGAUCACACCAUACGCUAUCAUUAUGCUCUAUCUACCUUAUCCGUAAUCAUGCGCCCCACAUACAUCAUAUGAAUAUGAAUUAAAGCUCCCUGCGAAUAACUUAUCCGACAGACAAGCAUUAUUGUAAGGACAGUUUCAAGUUAGCGGCUCUCUUUCUAGUCGACGAUGUGGUUAGUAGUGGAAUAGUGUUUUUAGAGAUGGUAAUAGAUACAUUGUUCGUGGCGAUGGAGUAUGGAGUUGUGGAUGUUUGUAAGUUAUAUUUUAUACAUAGAGCUAAACAACCCACAAACGUAAGGAAAGGAACGGAACAAAACAGUACGGGAAUGUAAGCACUAAAAAAAACCAUUUCUUCCGAUCGUUGUCGAUCGGUAGCGAUCGAAAAAAGUGAAGUGAAUAUCGAACAAUAACUGCGCAAGAAAGAAGGAAACCGCAAGUGACAAUACCUUUUCACUCCUAUUCAUACAGGCAAGAAACGAAGCAAAAACAAACGUGUUUUUUUUUUAAAUUAUGUAAUGAACAUCGGGCAUUUUAACCGAUCAUCGACCCAAAAGGAAGGCAUCCUCUCAAAUGUCCUCACUGCCACCAACAAUUAUGUUUCUUUCGAAUCAUUACACUUUAAACAAUUUCCACCUAAAAAGGACAGUAUUGCAUUGUCCUUUGUACUAUAGUGCUUCUACAGCAGCGAAACACUCAAAGUAAAUCCUACUUCUACAAAGGUGCAUUUUGAUGAAACUUUUAUACGUAAUUAGAGUUAAUUUGAAACGCUAUUCGAAAUUAAGCAACGAACGUAAAUUGAAAUUUACUACUCCCUGCGUCCUUCCGGGAAGCAAAUAGCAGUGUGCUGUCCAAAUCAUACAUACAUAUUUGCAAAUUAUUGUCAUCCAUUCUGUAUCUGUGUUUGAUAGAGUUAAGUGCAGUCUCGCCGAAGUGCGUAAAUUGCAUUUCGUUAGAGAGCAACAACAAAAAAACAUACAAACGCUUUGAAAUCUUGUAGUCCCCUUAACUCAACGCUUCGAAUGUCUUCAUGCCUUCUGUGCACAUUGUUGCAAAACGGAUUGCAUUUGCUCUGCACGUUAUUGUUUUGUUUACGUUUGUUUCUUUCGUUUGUAGCGCGUUCCGUUCUUGGUUCUUGGUUUAGCUUUCUCCACAUCUGUUUGCCAAGUUUCAUACUCUCGUCCAGUGCAAGUUUCUCUCAGAUUGCCAUAUAAAUGUCACGGGCUCGACACCCUAUCCACGCCAUUGGGGAGGGGUUUGCAAGUGACGGUUAAGGUGUAAGGUUAGGUUUAAGUUAAGCUUUGUUCGAUUCACCUUCCACUAGGGAUUCACUUUACGGUCGUGUAAGAUACGUUUGGAGAUGCUUCAUGCAACGUUUUUUUUAUUAUUUACUUAGUUUGUUUCAUUUUUGUUACUAUUUGUUGCCUUAGGUUCGGAAUGGACGUUGCAAAACUGUCGGCAAUUCUGUUUUGCAUUUGGUGAACCAAUGAAACGUAUGUUGUCUCCGCUUUGUUUAAUAUAUGGCUUAACAAUAGAGUAGACACCGAAUCUCAUCCUCCACCCGUGAUAGCAUCCGAUGACCAACCGGUGUAAGCCACGGGUUGAAGGAUGAACUGUACAUAUCAACCGGACGCAAUGGCAAAUACAUUUGGAUGCAAUUUUGUACGCAGAGUUCAUAGUAUCCGUUUCAAAUUGUUGCCACGUCAACCAUCCCACGUUGUAAUGUCGCCAAACACCUACAGACAAAGGGACAUAGGUAACGGAUUAUCCAAAAAAAAAUGAGCAAAGUGUAAAUGUUUUGUAAUUUAUUUGUCACCCUUGGAUAGGUUAGGCUUAGGUGAACCGAUCAGCUUGAUCCAGAUGUUCGUUAUAUUGUAUGGUCGGAGGCUCCUCCAGCCCCAAUACCCAGAAGCAUGGUGUAUUCGCUUUUGUACAGUACGAUAAACAGAUACUUAGAUGCGUAAGGUACAAGAGAUAAAAGCAGAACAAUAAGAGCAAACACUAUCUUUAAUCAGUCAGCAAAAACAUCGUGCUGGCAACAGAUAGAUAAUAGCACAUGAUGAUGUCAAACAGUACGGAUAUUUCGGAUUCGGUUGCUUUCCUGAAAAUCACAAAAACCUAUCAAAAAUGAAAUCUCGGCAUAAAAGCAAUUGCAACACUAAUCGGAACUGUCCUACACUCAUUAAGGUACAGGGCAAAAUAUUCGUUUGUUGUCUUUCGAGUCUUUUCAACGUAAAAAAGCAACCCCCAAAACACUAUUUAUGUAGCGCAGUGUGCAGACUGUGUGUAAUAGAGAUCAGGGAACACCAAAGGCAACUAAAGCUCCCACAUUAUGUUAUCCCUUCGAAUGCUGCUGUAAUUACAUCUCGUUUCGAUCUAAAGGUUACUGCUGAUAACAAGUUAGUGGUGAGGGAAAAAUAAAACAAUUCCAACGAUCAUGCACAACAUGGGAAGAUGGACAUGCGCGCCCAAAGUGAAGCGGCGAUAGUAUCCAAUGGAUAUUGUUUUGCGCUGAAGGUUCAACAGAAGUGAAGAAGAGAAAAAGAAAAUUUACAAAUAAAGGACAAGUUUUAAAAUUAUCUGGUUUUAACAGAUACAUAGACUGUA